AUAAUUCUUUCGCUUUUGAUUGACUCUGGAGGAAGUGAACUGUAUCCAUCCAUUCAAUGGACAAGACAUAAUCCAAAGUAAGUGCUGCUGCUGCAAACGUUUACAUUUCGAGGCUUGUUAACACCUCAGAUAACAACUUUAAAAACGUAAAGGAAGGGUUAUAAAUUUUUAACAUCCACGGAAUCAAUUGUACAAGCAGCCACCGAGGAAUUUCAGAUGAUUCGACUGUCACUGUCAAAAUAACAAAGUUCUCAUUGUAUUUUCGAGGUGAGGGCAAAUUUGAACCAAGUGUUUCAAGCGACAAAGACGUUAUAUGUUUAUGCACUUUGUUGGAAACAAAUCUUAUGUGAAUCAAAAGGAAAGAAGAAAAUUUAUAGUUUAAUAAUUUCGAUGGAUAGUUCUUUGCUGCGUACAAAUCUUUGAAUAAUCUUGAACCUCAUGCAGUGAGGAACGUGUCCGACGCUUUCGCUUUCUUUAGCUGAAACUUUGCUGUGAUUUGAACGAUAAGAGCAGUUACCUAUUUUCUCUUUUUGUUCUCUGUCAAAUACACUCUGUUGUGAGAACAGGGGAAGAUUAUCAUUUGCAAAUAUGACACAAUAUAGCAAUAUACUUAUACAAAUGAAAAUUUAAGUUCCUGCCGCUUUCAUAUUGCCCUCGUAUGCCAUCUGUUAUAUUCAUGUUUUCGGAAGCUCUUGGAAAACAAGCACCCGGUUUGAAGUCCAGCGAUGGAAUUUUUAGAGAUAUUUUCGACAUUAACGCAAUGUCACGAGACAUGUAAUAUCUGUGUCUAAUCCAAUUUUAUUUGGUUAGAAAACCAAGUACUUUUGACACCCUUUCCUGUUUCUUUGUCCACAUUUCCGCUGGAGGUUUUCGCCGGUUGUCCGCUUGGCGAAGCUUAAAGAAGACCCAUGAGUUGUCUUGUUCAAGGCCAACCUGUCAUAAUUUAGUAAUUUAAAACUCUCCAGCGAAUUUUACGAGAACAAAUGGACUCUCCGGCAGGGACAGAAUGAUUCCCUUAUGCUACCAUAAUCUCCUCAGAAACUUACUUCCAUUUUGAUAAAAAAGGAAAUAAAAGAAUUGAGCUGAUUUCGGUACAUUAAAUUUGCCAUAUAGUGCAUCCUGCCCACAGGGUUUCGGUUGUACAUGUAUAUCACGAUUGUUACGCACCCUGCAUCUUAGCGAAAAUCACCCAUGUACCCAAGGACGGUGAACUUCGAUCAUAUCAAGCAAGUUAUCGUUUUGAGCAUCAUACUUAUUUUAUUCAUUGCGUGAAAGCCAUGAAGAUCGACUUAAAGUACGUAUCUGUUUUGCAAAAUGUUUAUUUUCAAUCGAUGAUGGAAUCAGCUUCGACUUGAAUUUCACUUUUACAUAGGUCUCUACUUGGCAAGCCUAAGAAAGAACGUUAAGUUAAGAUACAGUGAAAAAGCUUUCGCUUGCUUCAACAUAAACCUGUUGCGAAUCUGUUUUAUGUGAAUUUCUAUACCUUUUUGUUAUUUCAAACCAUAAUUAUUCAAAUUUCUGUCCUUUUUAUAAUUAGCUUCAGGCCAUUUAUUCCUUUUGUACCAUUACAAGAGCUUGUCUUAGAUCUAAAAAAAAUGCUAGUGCCAUAUUUCUCCAAUAUGGAGUCGAAUUUGGCCUCGGCUUCGCUUCGUUAGAGCAGAAAGUAGCCGGAGAGCAUGAAUUCGGUCGUGCUUCUUUGGCGAAAACAUCACGUGAGGCGCAGUUGCGAAAACAGUUGCUAGAUAUCUGUUGAUGUUGAUAUCUGCCAUGUUGAUGGGAAUUCUUUUUAAUUGGUUGCCGAGUAACAAGCUCAGACCGAAAAGACAAUUACUAAAAGAACACUGAUAAUGAUAAACAUUUAGCCAUUGGUUUUCCUUGAUGCAUGUUUCCCUUUAUCUUGUCUGUUGUUAUGGGUCUAAACAGUUUGAAACAGAUUUAGCUUACUCGUGAUUACAUUUGCAUCACGCCUAUUUAUGGCCGUGAUACCUGCUGCAAGUAUAGAAUGACGUGCACUUUGUUUCUGCUGGUCACAUUGAUUCCAGGUUACCGAACAAACCUCGUACUUUUGUCUGCUUCACUGAAAAACGUUAACUAAACGUUCAUUAAUUACGCUUGUUUUUCAAGCCAUUUUAUUCCAAAUUUAACACUGUACGAAAUAAAAACAUUGUACGAAAGCAGCGUGCACAUUAUAUCGACAAAACGACUACAAAAAUCGUUCUGACGUAAAUAUCCAGUAAUAUCCAGUCUCUUUUAGUGUCCGCCAUCUAUAACCUGCUGCCAUCUAUGAAGUUUACGAACAGAAAGCUAGGUUUUUGCGACACUGAAAAGACAUGAUUCAGUGAUAACUUAGAUUCAAAUUCGAAAUCAAUUCUAGGAGUUUUGCGGCGUGACUUAUCAUAACUGUUUUCGUUUUGGGAAAAAUCAAAAUCAAAGGUAAUUCUCAACCUAGUGUCUAGUGUCUUUAUUGAAUCAUCAUAAACUAACUGCGAUCAAAUGCAAGUGUCAUGAAACCAUUAAAAUCAAUUUAUAUACACUCCGCCAUUUCACAGCUGUCUUCAUUUUAUUGCAACUUUUUCUUCAUGAUUCUAUUCAGUGCCCACCGACUUCGUAUUUUGUGAUACGUUUGUCUGUUACUCAAAUAGAGAUUUUAUGAAAUCAUAUAUUAAUCCUGAAUCCCAAAAAGUCUCACAAGUGGUACAUGAGAAAUCGUGCUGAAGUGACCGUGAGAAAAUUAUGCAUCUAUAUUUGAUAAUCAUGGAGCCCUUACUUCAGCCAAAAAGCUUUUGAUAUGACAUAAGAUUUUGACUAUGACUAUACAGCUUUUUGCUUAUCAGUCUAAAGCUCUUACAAACACUACGGUAUUUUGACACAAGAUAAAAUAAUGAACGACUAUUCAUCUAAGAGGUGACAAGACACCUCACAGUUUUCCUUGAGCUUCGCUCUCGGAAGACUUCGCAUCUUGGAACAGAUUAUGUCCACGAAUAAACAUCUGUGCCUCUUUUUCGCGUCAUGUAGAGGCUUUUGUUCAUCUAGCCACCGACACUGAGUUUAUGAUGAGACACUCAUGAUUUUAACUCAUUUAUUCCUGCAAAGAUUACAAUAUUGCGCAAAUUCCGCUCGAGUUGCUCGCAGGUGAAUAGCAAAGGAUAUCCAGCUGUUCAGAACCCAGAAAAGAAUCGAUAACGCUUUGCAGCCGAUAAAUCGCUCUCUGGGGAAUAAGCGUUACCAAAACAUGCACUUUCCACCGGACAGAGAUCCAUCCAGUGAGUAACAAAAAACUGGUGCCUGGACACGAGCCGUCGACCUUAUUAGCAGAUCAGUCUAGAUCUCAUUUAGAUCAUUUCCAUUGUUUGUUGUAGAUUUACAUCGAAUAGGACACAAUGCGUUCACCCAAUGUCUAAAGUGAUCUUCGUGUGCCCAAACACAGCUACAAUAGUAAAAAGACUCGCUCACAGUAGUUAUGUAGAUCCUCAGUACGAAAAUCUGUGGCUGGUCAGCAAACAAAGUUACGAGCGGUGUGUAAUAAAUACGACGACUGAUACGAGACUAUGGUUGUGCGACGAGCCGCUUAAACUGAAAUAUUACACCGUAACUUUUAAAAGGUUCAGCGCCAGCAAGGAGCCCGAAUUUCAGCCAGGAAAAGAUUACUAUUUUGUAGGUAGGUCCCACCAUUUAAAUUAUACGAUGAGCUGA